AUGGAGGAGAUUGAUGUCGACGUUAAACAAGUCAGCCCAAAACAUGCAACGAGUCACACAGCUCCAAGUAUUUCUGAGAGGGGUUCAUGUACAGGUGUCAUUGUCACUCUGGGACUGCUGAGUGUUUUCCUGUUGGUUAGCCUCAUCAUAGUCGGAGUCCUCUACCAUAACUCAGUCCAUGAUUCAGCUGUAGAGCUCUGGGCAAUACAAGACAAUCUGACUGAGCUCCUACAGGCCAGCAAUGACAAACUUUCCUCCAUGACUGAAGAGAGAGACCUGCUGAGUACCAACCUCAAUGAAAUUACUGAAGAGAGAGACCUGCUGAACACCAACCUGACUAAAAUGAUUGAAGAGAUAGACCUGCUGAACACCAACCUGACUAAAAUGAUUGAAGAAAGAGACCUGCUGAACACCAACCUGACUAAAAUGACUGAAGACAUGCAAAUGCUUCAGAGUUCAUCUAAAAAGAAAAAACCAUGUCCUGCAGGAUGGAAAAUGUUCAGUUGUUCCUGUUAUUUCCUCUCUGAAGAGUCUGGUUCCUGGGAUGAAGGCAGACAGGACUGUAGAGACAGAGGAGCAGAUCUGAUGGUGAUCGACAGCCCUGAAAAACAGACGUUCCUCUCAGGCUUCACCAAGAGACCAACUUGGAUUGGUUUGAAUGAUAGAGACGAUGAAGGAAUCUGGAAAUGGGUUGAUGAGACUCCACUGACUCUGACGUACUGGGAUACAAAUCAACCUGAUAACGGAGGUGGAAUCCCCAAGUUUGGUGAAGAAGACUGUGUUCAUACCAGACCUGAUGAAAACACUGCUUGGAAUGAUCUUUCAUGUGCGUCAUCUCUGCCGUGGGUCUGUGAAAGAAUACCAUAACUCUAUUCUGAGUGUUGUUUAAAGUUUAUAUACUACAUCUAAAUCAGUUACAUUUUUAACUUUUGCACGACCAGUAUUUCUAUCACUGACUUAGGUGUUACAUUCAAAUAAAUUAUCCACUGGUCUUUUUUUUUGUUUUGCUUUCAAUUAAACCCUGUUUUCCCAAGGAAGGGAAAAUAAUUGUGUGGUUGUACAUGGAUAAAAACCUGUGACUGCCCUGAGGAGGUUAUGUGUACAACCAGUGGAUGUGCACAAGGACAUGAUCGCACAUGUCCCUGUAAAAACAAAGAGAGGCGAUACAGAUACUGUGAUAAAGGCCACACCAAUACCCUCUGUAGGAAGUGCUUUUCAAAUCAAAGGAACUGCUUUUUGGAGUACCACUGUACAUGAACACAAGUGGUUAAUGUCAUUGUCUCCCACUAAUCCGCUAGUGUGUCCUGGGUCUGCAUCAAAGU